CCGCAGCUGAUGUGAUUGCAUCCUUGCGCGCUCCCGCAGUCUCCCACACGAGCAAGCCCAGAGAACACGGCGGAUGUCAUGGACAGGGCCAGACACGGCAAAUAAGAGAAACCCUGCUCUGGAUCACCGCCCCGCUGGGACGCCCUCCUUUUCGCAUCUGUAAUCUCUCUCUGUCUGGUUGGUUCCUCCACCCCUCUGUGACCUGGGGAUGAAUGCACCAAUGAGGAGCCUCACAGUGAGUCCGCUGGUCCUCCUUCACCUCGUCCUCCUCCACAACACCUCAGUCAGUCACUCACUCACCCACUCACAGAGUGUGUCGCAUAUAUGCCUUGAUGUCAGACGUGGGUAUGCCUGAUCGCAUGUUAUGUGCAGUGCUGGAGCAAUUUCAGCUUUACUUUUCCCUUUGAUCCACUCUCUGUAUAGCACAGCAAGUCCCAGCAUGCUGAAGAGGAAACAGAGCUCCCGGGUCGAGGCCCAGCCCAUGACUGACUUUGGGCCAGAUGAAACCCUUGCAGACAGUGCUGACAUCUUCUGGAUCAACAAACCAUGGGUCCAUUCAUUGCUUCGAGCCUGUGCCAUCAUCAGUGUCAUCUCUGUCUGUAUGAACACUCCAAAGACCUUUGAGCAUUACCCUCCACUACAGUAUGUCACGUUUACCCUGGACACGUUGCUCAUGUUCCUCUACACUGCCGAGAUGAUAGCCAAGAUGCAUAUACGAGGAAUCAUCAAGGGUGACAACUCUUAUGUGAAAGACCGCUGGUGCGUGUUUGAUGGAUUCAUGGUGCUUUUUAUCUGGGUCUCCUUGGUUCUUCAGGUAUUUGAAAUAGCAAAACUUGUGGAUCAGAUGUCUCCGUGGGGAAUGUUGAGAAUACCCCGAGCGCUGAUAAUGAUCCGUGCCUUUAGAAUCUACUUCCGCUUCGAGCUCCCCCGUUCUCGCAUCACCAACAUUCUGAAACGAUCAGGGGAACAGAUCUGGAGCGUCUCAAUCUUCUUACUGUUUUUUCUCCUGCUCUACGGAAUUCUGGGUGUCCAGAUGUUUGGAACAUUCAACUUUCACUGUGUUACAAAUGAUACAAAAAGAAAUCAUGUAACAUGGAACAGCUUUGCCAUCCCUGAUACUCACUGCUCGCCCGAUGGAGAGGGCUACCAGUGCCCCCUUGGCUUCAUAUGCGUGGAUCUUGAAGACUAUGGCCUCAGCAGACAGGAGCUUGGUUACAGUGGAUUCAAUGAACUAGGCACAAGUAUCUUCACUGUGUAUGAGGCCGCAUCACAGGAGGGUUGGGUUUUUCUCAUGUACAGAGCCAUCGACAGUUUCCCGCGCUGGCGCUCCUACUUCUACUUUAUAACUCUCAUUUUUUUCUUGGCUUGGCUUGUUAAGAAUGUGUUCAUCGCUGUCAUCAUUGAGACGUUUGCUGAGAUCAGAGUGCAAUUUCAACAGAUGUGGGGGUCGAGGAGCAGUACCACCUCAACUGCUACAACACAGAUGUUCCAUGAAGACGCUGCUGGGGGAUGGCAGCUUGUUGCUGUGGAUGUCAACAAACCACAUGGUAGAGCGCCUGCUUGCCUUCAGCAAAUGAUGAGGUCCUCCUUGUUCCAUAUGUUCAUCCUCAGUAUGGUCGCUGUGGAUGUCAUUGUUGCCGCUAGCAACUAUUAUAAAGGCGAGAAUCACCGGAGACAUUAUGAUGAGUUCUACUUGGCAGAGGUUGCUUUUACUGUGCUGUUCGACCUUGAAGCUCUGCUGAAAAUUUGGUGUCUCGGCUUCACUGGCUACAUCAGCUCCUCCUUACAUAAGUUUGAAUCUCUCCUGGUGGUCGGCACCACGUUGCACAUCUACCCUGAUCUGUAUCAUUCUCAGUUCACCUACUUUCAGGUGCUACGGGUGGUGCGUCUGAUAAAAAUUUCUCCCGCUUUAGAGGACUUUGUCUAUAAGAUAUUUGGUCCAGGUAAAAAGCUAGGCAGCCUGGUGGUCUUCACAGCCAGCCUUCUUAUCGUCAUGUCAGCCAUCAGUUUGCAAAUGUUCUGCUUUGUGGAGGAGCUGGACCGCUUUACAACGUUUCCAAGGGCGUUCAUGUCCAUGUUCCAGAUCUUAACCCAGGAGGGCUGGAUAGAUGUCAUGGACCAGACUCUGGUGGCUGUAGGUCAUAUGUGGGCUCCAGUCGUAGCCAUUUACUUCAUCCUCUACCAUCUGUUUGCUACCCUGAUUCUGCUGAGUCUUUUUGUGGCUGUUAUCUUGGACAAUCUCGAGUUGGAUGAAGACCUGAAGAAGCUCAAACAGCUCAAGCAAAGUGAAGCCAACGCAGACACCAAAGAGAAGCUCCCUUUACGACUCAGGAUCUUUGAAAAGUUCCCCAACAGACCUCAGAUGGUGAAGAUCUCAAAGCUCCCGUCUGAUUUCACUGUGCCCAGAAUCAGAGAGAGUUUUAUGAAGCAGUUUAUUGAUCGUCAGCAGCAGGAUACCAGCUGUUUGUUCCGCCGUCUCCCCUCGGCUUCAUCCUCCUCCUGUGACCACUCCAAACGCUCAGCCAUCGAAGACAACAAGUAUAUUGACCAAAAGCUUCGCAGAUCAAUUUUUAGCAUUCGAGCCCGCAACCUCUUGGAGAAAGAGACGACCAUUAAUAAAAUCCUACGGGCGUGUACUAGGCAGCGGAUAUUAAGUGGAUCCUUUGAAGGCCAGCCAGCCAAAGAGCGCUCAAUACUCAGUGUGCAGCAUCACAUACGACAAGAGCGCAGAUCUCUGCGACAUGGCUCCACCAGUCAGAGGAUCAGCCGUGGGAAGUCGCUGGAAACGCUCACACAGGAUCAUUCCAGCACAGUGCGCUACCGUAAUGCUCAGAGGGAGGACAGUGAGAUCAAGAUGAUCCAAGAAAAGAAAGAACAGGCUGAAAUGAAGAGAAAAGUUCAGGAGGAGGAGCUGCGGGAGAACCAUCCUUACUUCGAUAAGCCACUUUUUAUUGUGGGUCGCGAGCAUCGCUUCAGGAACUUCUGCAGAACGAUCGUUCGGGCUCGCUUCAAUGCAUCAAAGACUGACCCAAUAACAGGAGCAGUGAAGAACACCAAAUACCAUCAGCUGUAUGAUCUUCUGGGCUUAGUCACCUACCUGGACUGGGUGAUGAUCGUGGUUACCAUCUGCUCCUGCAUCUCCAUGAUGUUUGAAUCCCCCUUCACCAGGGUCAUGCACGUCCCCACUCUGCAGAUUGGGGAGUAUGUGUUUGUGAUAUUCAUGAGCAUCGAACUCAACCUGAAGAUCAUGGCCGAUGGCCUGUUCUUCACCCCCACGGCCGUCAUCAGGGACUUCGGAGGAGUCAUGGACAUCUUCAUCUAUCUUGUGAGUCUGAUCUUUCUCUGCUGGCUUCCCACUGACGUCCCCCCCGAGUCUGGAGCUCAGCUGCUGAUGAUGCUGCGCUGCCUCCGACCGCUCCGGAUCUUCAAGCUGGUUCCUCAGAUGAGGAAGGUCGUGCGGGAGGUUCUUAAAGGAUUCAAGGAGAUUUUCCUGGUUUCCAUUCUGCUCCUGACGCUGAUGCUGGUGUUUGCAAGCUUUGGAGUUCAGCUGUUUGCCGGAAAGCUGGCCAAAUGCAACGACCCACGUAUCCUUAAACGGGAGGAUUGCUACGGCAUCUUCCGGAUAAACGUGAGUGUUUCCAGAAAUCUCAACCUGAGGCUAAAGGGUGAGGAGAAGAAGCCAGGUUUCUGGGUACCAAGAGUCUGGGCAAAUCCUCGAAAUUUUAACUUUGACAAUGUAGGAAAUGCUAUGCUGGCUCUCUUCGAAGUUCUGUCCCUCAAAGGCUGGGUAGAAGUCCGAGAUGUCAUCAUUCACCGCGUUGGACCGAUCCAUGGCAUCUACAUCCAUGUCUUUGUGUUCCUGGGAUGCAUGAUCGGCCUCACGCUGUUCGUUGGAGUUGUCAUAGCAAACUUCAAUGAGAACAAAGGUACUGCCCUGCUAACAGUGGACCAGAGGCGGUGGGAGGAUCUGAAGAGCCGACUGAAAAUAGCCCAACCGCUCCACCUGCCCCCCCGUCCAGAGAAUGGAGGUUUUCGAGCCAAGAUGUAUGACAUCACUCAGCAUCCCUUCUUCAAACGGGGCAUUGCCGUGCUGGUUUUGGCCCAGUCCGUCCUGCUGUCGGUCAAGUGGGACGUGGGUGACGGUCAAGUAACCUUUCCUCUCGCCACCAUGUCUGUAGUCUUCACUCUGAUAUUCGUACUGGAGGUGACCAUGAAGCUGAUAGCCAUGUCUCCAGCUGGCUACUGGCAGAGCCGACGGAACCGCUACGAUCUGCUGGUCACUUCUCUGGGCGUCAUUUGGAUAGUUCUGCACUUUUCCUUACUGAACGCGUAUACAUACAUGAUGGGCACGUGUGUGAUCGUCUUCAGGUUCUUCACCAUAUGUGGGAAACAUGUGACGCUGAAGAUGCUGCUGCUGACCGUGGUGGUGAGCAUGUACAAGAGCUUCUUUAUCAUCGUGGGCAUGUUCCUCCUCCUCCUGUGCUACGCUUUCGCCGGAGUGGUUCUCUUUGGAACGGUCAAAUACGGCGAGAACAUAAACCGGCAUGCCAACUUCUCCACAGCGGGCAAAGCCAUCACUGUUCUCUUCCGUAUUGUCACAGGAGAAGAUUGGAAUAAAAUCAUGCAUGACUGCAUGGUUCAGCCGCCGUUCUGCACCCCUGACAAACAUCGCUACUGGGAGACCGACUGUGGCAACUAUGCUGGAGCGUUGAUUUACUUCUGCUCGUUCUAUGUUAUAAUAGCAUACAUUAUGCUCAACCUACUUGUAGCCAUCAUUGUGGAGAACUUCUCUCUCUUCUACUCCACCGAAGAAGACCAGCUGCUGAGUUAUAAUGACCUGAGGCACUUCCAAAUCAUCUGGAACAUGGUGGAUGACAAACGAGAGGGAGUGAUCCCAACAUCCAGGGUUAAGUUUCUGCUUCGUCUGCUCAGAGGAAGGCUGGAAGUGGACCUGGACAAGGACAAGCUGCUGUUUAAGCACAUGUGCUAUGAAAUGGAGCGACUGCACAGUGGAGGAGACGUGACCUUCCACGAUGUGCUGAGCAUGCUGUCAUAUCGCUCAGUGGACAUUAGGAAGUCUCUCCAGCUGGAGGAGCUGUUGGCCAGGGAACAGCUGGAGUACACCAUUGAAGAGGAGGUCGCCAAGCAGACCAUCCGCAUGUGGCUCAAGAAAUGCCUCAAACGAAUCCGGGCGAAGCAGCAUCAGUCGUGCAGCAUCAUCCACAGCCUGAGGGAGAGCCAGCAGCAGGAGCUGAGCUCCUUCCUCAACCCUCCCAGCAUAGAGACCACGGUGCCAAGCGAAGACCACAAUGCUAACAACCCAGACAACCCCUCGCAGCCUGAGAUGAGUGGCCUCCAGCAGCUUCUGAGCCCCACGUUGUCAGACAGAGGAGGGUACAGACAGGACUCCACAGACCUGGGGAGACCACAGAGAAAGUUGGGACAGUGGCGGCUACCUGCAGGUCGAACAAGUGUCAAAUCUAUCGUUUGUAAGAUGAACCCCGUCAACGAUGAGGCUUCUUCAGGCUCCGAGGUGAAGAAGUGGUGGACCCGCCAGCUGACUGUGGAGAGCGACGAGAGCGGAGACGACCUCAUCGACAUUUAGAGAUGGGAGGACGUUCAACUGAUGUUCUUUACAGAUCAGAGGGGAUGCUUCAUUUCUCGUUUCUGUAGCGUGAUAAAUGAAAACAGUGCUGUCGCUUCCUUUUACUGCUACAUAUCUCUAAAGGGUUUGAUUAGCAGUGUGCGAAGCUUAAGGGUUGGCUCAUUGGGUGAGCAGCUACCUAGACAUGGAUUGGUGUUGGGUUCCCCAUGUGACGUCCACGACUGAGUUUUUCUAUGCAGGCGCUUCUGGGGUCAAAGACGACUGUUGACUUAGGCCAUGGCGAAUUCAAGAAACUAACCAGGAAGCUGCUGCCGUCUGUGUUUUCUACUGUUUUGUGUCAACUUUUAAAACCGUUGAAUCAGCACCAAUAACUUCUGUCCUUUGAUGUCUUUGAUUUGUCUCUGUUCUUCAUUUCUUGUAUUUCUUGGAAAUUUCUCUUGUGGUCUUCAUUUGUGAUUAAGUGUUGUUUUUCUAAUCGUCACUUUAUACAUAAGUAAAUCUCCUUGUUUUUGUUAGGACAAGAAAAGGAAAAAAAAUUACAGUUUUGACUGUGAAUGUAUUGAAAGUUACAUCAAUCUGUAUUUGUGCAUCACCAAAACAUCAACUAUUUUGUAAAUUAAUAGAAACACUUAUAUUUAUCAAGUAUCUGAUUAUUCUAUUAAAGGCCUGUUAGGCAUUUGUGAGGAAA